AUGAUUCUGGAUUUGCUCACGUUUUUGAUCGUGUUCUUUCAUGUCACCGAGGAUACCACUUUAUCAGUCGAUUUAGAGGAUUCAGAUUCGGCAGCUGUUAAGCUUGAAUAUGGUGUCGAAAAGAGGGCGCAAGACACAUUCGGGAAAGGCAGUGUGCCUGACAAAUUCUGUAUCGCUCCAUGUCCGCAGCGAAAUUUCGGUGAUUCAGAUUUCACUUACAAUCCAGAAUUGUUGUACAAAUUUGAAGUUCAGAAUUCAUCUCAGAAGUGUACGCCUAAAUCCAGCGGAUAUAUCAGUACAUUAUUUUCUCAUUCUUCCGAAGAGGAAGAAGAGAAACGUGUUCUCAAUGAAAAAUUUCGUUUUCACUAUCCUCAUGUACAAAUAACAUUCAGCAAGAUCAAAAGCAUAAAAAAAGAAAUGUUACAAAUUGCAAAGACUUGUGGUUUGGACGUUCCCACAUUGGCCUACGCAUACGUCUUUUAUGAGAAAGUCGUACUCAAGGGUCUUGUGAAUAAAUCAAAUCGAAAGUUAGUGGCUGGUGCUGCUUUACUAAUAGCAACAAAAAUUAAUGAUCAUGGCUCUAUGGGUUUAUCGAGUAUUAUAGACCACAUAGAGACUGUGUUCCGGAUAAAUCGUCGAGAUAUGCUGCAACUGGAGAUUCCAUUGUGUGUAGCAUUGGAUUUCAAGUUGCAUGCAUCUGAAGCUGAGAUAGUGCCACACUGUCAAAGGAUUGUCUCUGCGCAAAAUUGA